AUGGACUCCCGUCGCCUGGCUACUGCUGGCGUAAUCGGUAUAGUCACGCAUCAUCAUCUCUACCCAUGGCGCUGUGUUUCGCUUCAUCUAUGCCUAUUGAUGGCCAUACCGGCUCUUUUGCACGUCAAACAGACACCACAGGACCCUCUAUCACCAACCGAGAUCCUCGAACAGACAUGCCUGCUCACACUCUCUCCUCUGCUACCGCACCCUCUUCCACCCCUUCGCAGCUUUCCCGGCCCGCGUGCCGCCCGCCUCUGUGUAUCCUGGCUCUCCCUCCGCCUCCGCAAAACACCAACCUUCCGGUACUUCCACCAGCUGCACGAGGAGUACGGGCCCAUCGUGCGAAUCGGCCCCUCCGAGGUCUCCAUAAUCCACCCGGAAGCCGUGGCGAUAGUCCACAGCGCACAAUCUCGCUGCACCAAGAACGCCUUCUACGACAACGCACACCCCAUGAUGUCCCUGCACUCGUGGAGAGACCGGGACUCGCACGACCAGCGCCGGAGAGUCUGGAGCGGCGGCUUCGGAGAUCGCGCGCUGCGCGGAUAUGAGAAGCGGAUUCGGGUGUAUCGGGAGAAACUAUUUCAGAGGCUUCAGGCUGAGACAGCAGGGGCAGGAUUAGGAUCAGCUUCGAAUUCGCCAGUCGAUGUCAGCAAGUGGUUUACAUACUACAGCUACGAUAUCAUGGGUGACUUAGCCUUUGCGCAGAGCUUCGAUAUGCUCGACGCGCGGAAGAAUCAUUGGGCUGUGGAUGUGCUGAUGAAGGGGUUGACGGGCUAUCGGCUGCUGUGGCCCAGCUGGUUCUUUCGGUUGCUUGCUACGAUGCCCUCGUUGGGGUUAUCGAAGGAUUGGCAUCGGUUCAUUGAGUUUUCGACGGGUACGUUGGUGAAGCGGUUAAACGACGAAGUGAAGAUUCCCGAUGUCUUUACGUCUUUAAUAGCGCCGUUAAACGGCCGAAGCCCCUCUGAAGAGGAGAAGAACGUGCUGAUGGGAGACGCCAUGCUGAUUAUCACAGCCGGAAGCGACACAACAGCAACAAGCCUAACAGCCAUAGUCUACGAACUCGCGCGGCACCCCGACGAAGUGUCAAAGCUUCGCAGUGAGCUAGACCCAAUCCCUGUCGAGAGCAACGGCGAGUACCUACACGACAACAUCGCGAAGCUCCCGCAUCUCAACGGGUUCAUCAACGAGACUUUCCGACUGCACCCGCCAAUCCCCGCUGCAAUUCCGCGCAAGACGCCGCCGGAGGGUAUUGUGGUUAGGGAUGUGAGGAUCCCAGGGGGGAUGAAUGUUUAUACGCCGCAGUGGAGUUUGGGCAGAUCUGAAGCUGCGUACGUUGAUCCCUCGACCUUUAUUCCCGAACGGUGGUACAAAUACCCGAACCUGGUGAGGGACAAAUCCGCGUUUGGCCCCUUCGGAAUAGGCCCGUACUCAUGCAUCGGAAAGCCACUUGCCAUGUUGAAUCUCCGCACUACUGUGGCGCGGUUGGUCAUGACAUUCGACAUGACUUUCCCGACGAAUGAGGAUGAAACACGGUGGAUGGAGGCUGCGGACGAUCACUUUGCUAUGGGGAUUGAGCAUAUGCCUGUUAUUCUUACUAAGCGUGGGUAGAUGCUGGGAGGGCCAAGCGUCCAGUGGAAGUAGUGGGCUCUACGGGCUUAAGGAAGAAGUCUGUCUGGUUACGUUUAAUCUUGCCUGGCUGUCAGAGGCGGCCAUGAGCUGGUUCAUACGUCCUGCGAAAUUGCCAAACUUUUCCACCGCGAUAUACUCAUACUUGAACAAUUUCC